GCUCCAUUCAUAAUGCUGUAGACUCCCGCUCUUGCAGACUUUACGUGAUGACGGUAAAGACGUCACAUUACGUAUGACUGAAGUCCGCGAGGGCUCAGUCUGCAAGUCCAGAGGGUGGAGAUAUGGAUGCAGCCAAAGACAGAGUGGUAUGAAGAGUCACAUGACAGGAAGUGGAGAGGCUGAGGUGUGGUACUGCUCCUGAACUUCAGCUACAAAUGUGAUCUCUAUUUAAAGGACUGUGAGAGCCUGAUGAGGAAAAGAUUCUCUGCUCUGAUGUGACUCAGCUGCUUUCCAACAUCCUUUUCUCUUGUCGUCUUCUUGUUUUGCUCUGGUUGAUCUGUUCAGCUCCUGCAUCUGUUCCUGACCUUUUAUUCAGGACUGUUUUCAGAGUAAAGUUGGACUGAAGCAGCUCCACCUUCUUCAGAAUCACAGAACCACCAACAGAUGUUGACAUCUGCUGUCAGACUCUCCCUGAAUGUUAAAGUGUCCUUCCUUUGUUGAACUUCAUCAGACUGUGUCCACACUGAGAGAGGGGCUGUGAGCGUUUAUAGGCAGCACAGCAACACAACUUCAGGGAUUAUGGGACUGAAAAGGCUUUUUAGGAAAAGUGUUUGGAAGUAAAAGUCCAGUUAAAGAGCAGCUUUAAAAGCAGGCAGCAUGUGCAGCCAGGACAGAGUGAAGGUCCCUGACAGGAAUCUCAGGCUGCUUUGUGCCUCAGAACAAGCCAACAUGUCAACAUAGGUGUAGUGGUGUUUGUGAUCCAGACUGCUGCUCCUCCUCCUCAUGCUUCUGAUCUGUGGUUGCUCAGUCAGCUCCAUCUGGUGGACACACAGUAGACCUCCAUCAUCUGACGGGAGCUUUCUCUGACACUGACUGGGUUUGUGCUGCAGGUUUGACUGGUUCUGACGUCACUCUGAUGUUUUUAGACUCUGAAGUUCUGAGGAUGUGACGGCGUCCUCACAUCAAACAGGAGAACCAGCAGAACCAUCAGCUUCUUCUCUCCAGCUGUUUCCUGGACACAUGAAGGUGUAAAGUGUCUCUGAGUGGAGCUGAAGUGAGUUGAGCAGUGUUGCUGGUUUAACUCUCAGACUGAGUGAUGAUGAAGAGUGAUGUGGAGGAAGAGGAGGACGGAGCAGAGCCUCCAGCAUCCAGCCGUCUGUCCAUGAAGAGUGACCCAUCCAAAGAUCCUCCAGACUCCAGGAAAGAAGCUGAACCCUCAGACACAAAGGUAGAAACACCUCAAACUGUCCUUCUUGGGAUUUUGGAGGAUUUGGAAGAAGAAGACUUUAAAAAAUUCAAGUGGUUGUUGUGUCAGAAGAUCCUCAAAGGCUUUAAACCAAUCCCAAAGCGUCGACUGGAGAAAGCAGAGAUGACAGAAACAGUGGAUCAGAUGUUUCAGAGCUACUGCAUCUACACCAUUAAAGUCGCUGUAAAGGCUUUGGAGAAGAUUCCCAGAAAUGAUCUGGUGGAGAACAUCCCAAAAAGCAUCAAAGAACCUGAAGAGAUUCUCACUGAGUGUCAACACAACCUGAAGUCUGCUCUGAAGAAGAAGUUCCAGAGAGUGUUUGAGGGCGUCGCUACAGAAGAACAAACCCUCCUGAAUGAGAUCUACACAGAGCUGUACAUCACAGAGGGACAGACUGCAGAGAUCAGUGAUGAACACGAGAUCGGACAGAUUGAAGCAGCAUCCAGGAAAGCAGACAGAGCAGAAAGAAACAUCAGACUAGAAGACAUCUUUAAAGGCUCACCUGGAAGAGAUGGACCAAUCAGAAGAGUGAUGACAAAGGGAGUGGCUGGCAUCGGGAAAACAGUGUCAACACAGAAGUUGACUCUGGACUGGGCUGAAGACAAAAGCAACCAGGACAUCCAUUUCAUGUUUCCAUUCACUUUCAGAGAGCUGAAUUUACUGAAAGAGAGAAAGUUCAGUUUGGUGGAACUUGUUCAUCACUUCUUCAGUGAAACCAAAGCAGCAGGAAUCUGCAGCUUUGAAUACUUCCAGGUUGUGUUGAUCUUUGACGGUCUGGAUGAGUGUCGCCUUCCUCUGGACUUCCACAACAAAACACUCCUGACUGAUGUUACAGAGUCCACCUCAGUGGAUGUGCUGCUGACAAACCUGAUCAGGGGGAAUCUGCUUCCCUCUGCUCGCCUCUGGAUAACCACACGACCUGCAGCAGCCAAUCAGAUCCCUCCUGACUGUGUGGACUUGGUGACGGAGGUCAGAGGGUUCACCGACCCACAGAAGGAGGAGUACUUCAGGAAGAGAUCCAGAGAUGAGGAGCAGGCCAGCAGCAUCAUCUCCCACAUGAAGACAUCACGAAGCCUCCACAUCAUGUGCCACAUCCCAGUGUUCUGCUGGAUCACUGCUACAGUUCUGGAGGAGCUGCUGAGAAGCAGAGAGGGAGGAGAUCUGCCCACAACCCUGACUGAGAUGUUCAUCCACUACCUGGUGGUUCAGACCAAAGUCAAGAAGUUCAAGUAUGAUGGAGGAGAUGAGACAGAUCCACACUGGAGUGAAGACAGCAUUAAGAUGAUUGAGUCUCUGGGAAAACUGGCUUUUGAGCAGCUGCAGAGAGGAAACCUGAUCUUCUAUGAGUCUGACCUGACAGAGUGUGGCAUCGAUAUGAGAUCAGCCUCAGAGUACUCAGGAGUGUUCACACAGAUCUUUAAAAAGGAGGGUAAUCUGUACACCAACACCGUGUUCUGCUUCAUCCAUCUGAGUGUUCAGGAGUUUCUGGCUGCUCUUCAUGUCCAUCUGACCUUCAUCAAGUCUGGAAUCAACCUGCUUGAAAAACAACAAAGAUCUCUGUUGUCUAAAUUGUUCAGAAAGAAAGUUGAUCCAACAACAGCUUUCUACCAGAGAGCUGUGGACGAGGCCUUACAGAGUCCAAACGGACACCUGGACUUGUUCCUGCGCUUCCUCCUGGGUCUGUCACUGCCGACCAAUCAGAAGAAACUAGGAGGCCUGCUGACACAGACAGGAAGCAGCUCACAGACCAAUCAGGACACAGUGGAGUACAUCAAGGAGAAGAUCAGGAAGAAGGUGUCUGCAGAGAGAAGCAUCAAUCUGUUCCACUGUCUGAAUGAACUGAAGGAUGUUUCUCUAGUGAAGGAGAUCCAACAGUCCCUGAGAUCAGGACGUCUGUCCACAGAUAAACUGUCUCCUGAUCAGUGGUCAGCUCUGGUCUUCAUCUUACUGUCAUCAGGAGAAGAUCUGGAGGAGUUUGACCUGAAGAAAUACUCUGGUUCAGAGGACGCUCUUCUGAGGCUGCUGCCAGUGGUCAAAGCCUCCAAGAAAGCUCAGCUGAGCAGGUGUAAACUCUCAAAGAGAAGCUAUGAAGCUCUAGCCUCAGUCCUCAGAUCUCCAUCCUCCAGUCUGAAAGAACUGGACCUUAGUAAAAACUGGAACUUGAAGGAUUCAGGAGUGAAGAGUGUUUCUGCUGGACUGAAGGAUCCAAACUGUAAACUGGAGUCUCUCAGAUUGGAUUGGUGCUGGUUGUUAGAGAUCAGCUGUAAUUCUCUGGUCUCAGCUCUGAAGUCCAACCCCUCACAUCUGGAACAUCUGGACCUGAGCUACAACAACCUUCUGGAUUCAGGAGUGAAACAUCUGAGUGGUUUUGUGGAGAGUCCAGACUGCAUCCUGAAGACUCUGAGAUUGGAGUGCUGCAGAUUGUCAGAGAUCAGCUGUGAUUCUCUGGUCUCAGCUCUGAAGUCCAACCCCUCCCAUCUGGAACAUCUGGACCUGAGCUUCAACGACCUGAAGGAUUCAGGAGUGAAACAUCUGAGUGGUUUUGUGGAGAGUCCAGACUGCAUCCUGAAGACUCUGAGGUUGAGGGAAUGCAGUUUGUCAAAGAUCAGCUGUGAUUCUCUGGUCUCAGCUCUGAAGUCCAACCCCUCCCAUCUGGAACAUCUGGACCUGAGCAGGAACAACCUGAAGGAAUCAUCAGUGAAACAUCUGUUAGAUCUUGUGGAGAGUCCAGACUGCAGCCUGAAGACUCUGAGCUGGAAGUGAUGCUGAUCAGGACGGUGUUUGUUCUGAGAGGAUGAAGUGUGUCCUGAUGAUCCAGAGGUUGAAGCAGCAGCAGCAGCUGGUGUGUAGAGACUCUGACUGGACCAUGUUACUGGGAGGUGGAGAGCUUCAUGCAGCAGUGACUGACAGGAAGCAGAAGAAGUGGAGAUGAGUGUCAGUGCUGCAGAAUGAACUGAUGUGAGAACAGCUGUCCAGCAUGGUCCCUGUGUUCCUGUGGAUGUGACAGAGGAUCAUCAGUGGAUGUGGACUGUCAGUAUUCAUGGAUAUGGGAUCCCCUAGUCAGCCAUGAGGAUAGGAUUAUGAAGGAGUGGCAGCAGAAUGAGAGAGCACAGUAUGAUAUUAUAACCUGUGAUUUAUAAUGCUAUACGCUAUAACCUGAUGAAUGUGUGAAUCAACCAAAUGCUACUUUUUUACUUUUUAUCUUCUUUAAUUUUGAAACAGUGUAAAAAUCAGAAGAGUGCCUCAUUCAGAAGAAUGAAGGGUUGAUUCUUUUUGGAAAAAUGUCUUUUUUAUACAUUUUUAUAAGUUGGUUGUUUCUUUAAAUGUGUCCUUUUUACAUUCUUUGAUGUUGAACGAUGAAUACUGGUCUGAUAGGGUUCAGAAGGAGAGGAGUGAUUGUGUUCUUCAAAUGCAUGUUCCUGAACCUUUGUAUCAGAAGUGACCACUAGAGGGCAGCACCUCACUGGGAGCAGUGAGGGCCUUGGUUAGCAGAGGGGUCAGGAGGUUCAGGUUUACUAGUACUAGAUACAUGAGAAUGCUUUCAAGGUUUAGAUUACUGUGAAAUGUAGAUGUUUACAGAAGAGUCUGAUCACCCUGGGAAGAUAAGGGAUUACUGAACUAGUGAGUAAUCUGGAGCUAAGAUAGGUUAGUAUUAAAUAACGCCCGUAGAGGUUCAUUAGCUCUGUAUAUAUUUUUGGGGAGUUUCUUGUAAGUCUGUGCACAUUGUGCAGAAAUGUGCAGUGUGGGUGGCAGUGAAUCUCAGACGCUGACAUCAGCUUCUUCCAUUUCCCGACUGGAGGUCUGUGCUGAUGAAAUACAUACAUUAAUAGAAGGUUGAGUCUGGGUGAAAGGGCUCAACAGAGGAAGCUGGGGGGGUUCUGGUUCCUCUGGUGCACGUAGGGGCCAUGAGGUCGGUGAAGUGCACAAGUGCAGAGGGGGGAGGAUGUUUGCUGUAAUCGCAUAUGUCAGUUAAAGUGUGACGUCAACACGUAUGUAAUUAGAAUAAGAUGUCACCACGUAUGCAAAGUAAGAGAGAUGUGAGGUAUAAAAUGUUUGUUUGUUUUAUUUCAUUCAUUUGUAAAAUAAAUUCAAAAAAAUGUUUCAUGUAAAUACAACAGUCACCAAACAUGAAUGAAAGGGAGCAGAAAGAAGACGAGUCUUAUUAUGUCUGCCUCUGUUGGAAGGAAUCUGUGGGAGUUGUUGUGGGGUAUCCACCUGCUGCAAUCCAGACAUCAGUCUGAGCACAAGGGAGGAUUACCACGUCUGCAAAGAAUAACUGUUCUGAUGGAAUGAUGGAUUAAAGGAACUGCUCUUUCUGCAUUGUUGGAGGAUUACAGAACUGGGAUCUGGAUUUAACACUGACUGAUGGAACAUUACUGGACUCUAUUAUUUCCAAAGGAAUAACACCAGAGUGGAUUAUAACUAAGUUUAUUGGCCCAAACAGCAAAAUUGGAUCCAUGCAGAUCUGAAUCUGGACUAACACUCUCUCCAGCUCCCCCCUGGGUUCCUGUCAGGUUUCAGGUGAGCAGCUGGAUGUGGCCACACCGUGCUGCUCUCCCUCCAAAUUACAUAUUUUGGGUGAUUAUUACUCUUCUUUUAGGAAAGCAUGGUACCAGUUAGGAGUUAUGAUGAGUGGUUUGAAUAUUAUCUAAUGUUUGUUUGUCUGGUGAUUUAUGCUUUUGCCCUGCUAAAUAUAUUUUAAUAAAACAUUAUUCUGCA